AUGAACCUCACAAAGAAACUAACAUUUUCCCAUAUUUUCCAAAAAUGUUCCAACCUAAAAGCUCUGAACCCUGGCAAACAAGCUCAUUCACAGAUGAUAGUAACUAGCUUUGUUCCCACUAUCUUUGUAUCCAACUGUUUGCUUCAAUUAUACUGCAAAUGUUCGAAUAUGAGUUACGCGUUUAACGUGUUCGACAGAAUGCCUCAACGGGAUGUAAUUUCUUGGAACACUAUGAUAUUCGGUUAUGCUGGUAUUGGAAACAUGGGAUUUGCGCAGUUUUUGUUUGAUUCGAUGCCGGAGAGAGAUGUUGUUUCAUGGAAUUCUUUAUUGUCGUGUUAUUUACAAAACGGGAUUCAUUGGAAGUCGGUUGAAGUUUUUGUCAAGAUGAGAUCGUUGAGAAUUUUGCAUGACUAUGCUACUUUUGCUGUUGUUUUGAAAGCGUGUACUGGUGUUGAGGAUUAUUAUUUAGGACUUCAGGUUCACUGUCUUGCAGUUCAGAUGGGUUUUGACUGUGAUGUUGUAACAGGUACUGCGCUGGUGGAUUUGUAUUCUACAUGUAAGAAACUUGAUCAGGCUUUUAAGGUUUUUGAUGCGAUGCCGGAGAGGAAUUCGGUGUGUUGGAGUGCUGUAAUUGCAGGCUAUGUUCGAAAUGAUCGGUUUAUUGAGGGAUUAAGAUUGUAUACGGAUAUGCUGAAAGAAGGUAUAGGGGUGAGUCAAUCAACCUUUGCUAGUGUGUUUAGGGCGUGUGCCGGAUUAUCUGCAUUUGAAUUUGGCACACAGUUGCAUGCUUAUGCUCUAAAGACUAAUUUUGGAUAUGAUAGUAUAGUAGGAACUGCUACAUUAGAUAUGUAUGCUAAAUGUGACAGAAUGUUUGAUGCUCGAAAACUAUUUAACACAUUCCCCAAUCCUACUCGGCAAUCUCAUAAUGCCAUUAUUGUUGGAUAUGCACGACAAGAUCAUGGUCUUGAAGCAUUAAAGAUUUUUCGGUCUUUACAGAAGUCUUAUCUUGGCUUCGACGAAAUUAGUUUGUCUGGUGCUUUGACUGCAUGCUCAGCGAUCAAAGGCCAUUUGGAGGGGAUUCAACUGCAUGGAUUAGCGGUCAAAUGUGGUUUGGAGUUUAAUAUCUGUGUUGCGAAUACCAUUUUAGACAUGUAUGCAAAAUGUGGAGCAUUGAUGGAAGCUUGUUUGAUAUUUGAUGAUAUGGAAAGAAAGGAUGCUGUGUCUUGGAAUGCAAUCAUUGCCGCUCACGAGCAAAAUGAACGAGUAGAAGAAACGCUUUCACUCUUUGUUUCUAUGUUGCGGUCAACGAUGGAACCCGAUGAUUUUACUUUCGGAAGUGUUGUAAAAGCAUGUGCCGGUCAGAAAGCUUUGAACUAUGGUAUGGAAAUCCAUGGAAGAGUUAUUAAGUCCGGAAUGGGAUUGGAUUGGUUUGUUGGAAGUACCAUGAUUGAUAUGUAUUGCAAGUGUGGAAUGCUAGUGGAGGCAGAAAAGAUUCAUGAGAGAUUGGAAGAGCAAACAACGGUUUCUUGGAAUUCAAUCAUUUCUGGAUUCUCGUCGCAAAAGCAAGGUGAAAAUGCUUUGAGGUAUUUUUCUCAUAUGCUACAAGUCGGUGUAAUACCUGACAACUUCACAUAUGCUACGGUUCUCGAUAUUUGCGCUAAUUUGGCUACCGUCGAACUUGGAAAGCAGAUUCAUGGACAAAUUUUAAAGCUACAGUUGCAUUCAGAUGUGUAUAUAGCUAGCACUAUUGUAGACAUGUAUUCAAAAUGUGGAAAUAUGCAGGAUUCACGAGUAAUGUUUGAGAAGGCGCCUAAGCGGGACUACGUGACUUGGAGCGCCAUGAUUUGUGCAUAUGCAUACCAUGGACUUGGAGAAGAAGCCAUUAAAUUAUUUGAGGAGAUGCAGCUUCAGAAUGUGAAACCAAACCAUACCAUUUUUAUUUCAGUCCUCAGAGCUUGUGCACAUAUGGGUUUCGUAGAUAGAGGGUUACAUUACUUCCGGAAAAUGCGAAGUGUCUACGGUUUAGAUCCCCCGAUGGAGCAUUAUUCAUGUAUGGUAGAUCUAUUAGGUAGGUCGGGCCAAGUAAAUGAAGCUCUGAAGCUUAUUGAAAGCAUGCCAUUUGAAGCUGAUGAUGUAAUAUGGAGAACUUUACUCGGUAUUUGCAAGCUGCAAGGGAAUGUCGAAGUUGCAGAAAAAGCAGCCAAUUCUUUAUUGCAGUUGGACCCUCAAGAUUCUUCUGCUUACGUUCUUUUGUCAAACGUAUAUGCUAUUGCAGGAAUUUGGGGCGAGGUUGCGAAAAUAAGAAGUUUGAUGAAGAAUUAUAAGUUAAAGAAGGAGCCAGGAUGCAGCUGGAUUGAGGUAAGAGACGAGGUGCAUGCGUUUCUUGUCGGAGACAAGGCACAUCCAAGAUCUGAAGAGAUAUACGAGCAAACUCAUUUACUCGUGGAUGAGAUGAAGUGGGAUGGAUAUGUUCCUGAUAUUGAUAAUUUCCUGCUAGACGAGGAAACGGAAGAACAGGAUCAUUAUGAGGAACAAAAAAUCGCCGCGUGUAGUGUGAGAUAA